CUCAUCCAUCCACCAUGACUUUCAUGACUUCCACGCCGCUCAUGGCGUCUCCGCCGCCGCGACCUGCGCCGCGACCUCCGCGUCUCCGGUCCGGCGGUCUGCUGCCGAGCGGUCGGAGCGGCCUGCGGCUCCGAAGGAGCUCUUCUCAGGUGCUGCUUCCCCUGCUGACGUUGCAGGCCUGCCGUCGUUCAGUGCCGGCGCCCAGACGAGGCCUUGAGGCCCUCUCCUUGGACACCAAGCCCAGGGCCCAGGCGCAGGAGCAGCAGCUGGCAGCGUUUCGUGCCUGGCUGAAAGAAGGAAACGCGGCGGUUCAGUCGCGCGGCGUCCGUCUACAGCGCUCGCCCUUGGGAGGCCUGGGCCUCUUUGCACAGAAGAACUUUCCGCAGGGCGCGGUGAUCUUGGAGGUGCCCUUUGAGAAGUGUCUUGAGGUCGAUGCCCACCAUUUCGACCUCGACGAUGCCACGGUCUUGCAGCCGAUCCUUGCGCGGGCGGCUGAGGAGUAUGACGUGGACGCCUUUGUGGAGGUGGAGGCGCAGAAGGCGGUGUUGGCUUUGUGUCAGCGACUGCUGCUGGAGCGACAGCAGGGAGCCUCCUCCAAGUUCGCAGAGUACCUGGCGGUGAUUCCUGAUCCCUCAGAGCUGCAUCCCUUGCAGCUGCGGUGGCCGAAGAGGCUCUCGGAGCAGAGCGCGCUGCUGUCGAGAAUGCAUCACACGGUCCUGGAACGUGACAAUGCGUGUAUGGAGGCUUUGCAGCCUUUUGAGCAGGUCUGGAAGAGGCGCUGCUGGGCCUUGAACGCCGUGUGGACGCGCGCCGUUCACCUGGUGGGAGCUGAAGGAGAAGAGCGCUUGAGCUUAGUGCCCUUGAUGGAUUUCAUGAACCACUGGACGCCCACGAGGAGCACAUCAGAGACUUGGUCCUGCUUCUAUGAGAUUGCCAGCGAUCACCUCGCCGUACGAGCGGAGAGAGCGAUUUCCAAAGGCGAAGAGCUGACCUUGCUCUAUGGCGAAUUUUCCGAUGCCCAGCUGCUUUGCAACUAUGGUAUCUGCCCUGAGAUGCCCUGCAGGACCCGAAAGGCGUGCGGAAAGAUGAGUUGUUUCAGAAUCACACACUCAGGAUCCUGAGCUUGACAUGCCAAGCACCCUCUUUUCAUACGUGCUGGGAGUCCAAGACUCCUCUUAAACAUGGCCUUUUUCGUGACCCUCACUCUCUGGAAUUUCCUUCAUCUCGGUGCUGCAUAUCGUUGAACUGGACCUCGGCUUCACUUCUAAGUCUCCCAUACCUCUGGCCGUUCCUGGCCACGCACGAGGAACGGGGUGGAAACACAUGCGGACGAACCCGGGUGUUUCAACACAUGGGGGUGAAAAACAGAUCAUACCUGGAAACCCAAAUGACCGGAAACACAUGGUUGUUGCAAGUUCUGGCACUCCUUUACACAGCCAGCAAAUGGCUGGGGAGUUCCAUCCAUUUAUUUCUGCUUGGGACUGGAGGACAUCCAGGUACAACUGCUGGUACAACUACCGUCGCUCCCCCGGGGUCCUUUGUUUUACCUUUUUGAGCGUGUGGAAAGUUCGGUCAAACCUGUAUGUUCCAGGGACACUGAAGGUGGAACCGGUCAUGUUCCUUCGCCAGUGGGCUGCCGCUCGAUGUGUUUUGGCCAGCUUGAACCUGAGCAAGAGAGCAAGGGAGCAGCGGCGUGCAGCGUGCAGCGUUCGUCUCAGGGAGCGCGACAUCUCUCAGUCAGCAGCAGCUCUUUUUGUUGUUUUGUGAUGUUUUGUGGUAGCAUGCUGUACAAAGGACGGGAGUUCAUCAUCAAAAGUAAAGUCAACAUUUCAUGUUUAGC